CAUAACCAAACAGAUAUGUACAGACCAUCCUCCUCCUCCACGGUAUGUUAGUGCAAUGCAAUGUAUUAUGUAGUUAUGAUGGGUAUGAUGAUUAUGCAAAUGAAAUGUCUCUAGACACACCAUGUGAAACAGAUAACUGAUACAAAUCCAGAAACUGAUCGUCUCCAGUGGCUGAUAUCGAGUUUCAAAACAUUGAUACAAAUUGUCCAGAUACUCAAAUCAAAAUGGUUAUCACACUUCCAAAAUCAAUACGGAUCAAACAACUUAAAAGGACGAAUUCAUGUAAUCUUAUAAUCAAAUCAAAUAGGAAUUUUGCAGUUAAAAAAAAACACGCUUCAAAGGUAAGGAUGCACCCAAAUCGGAUACAAUAAAUAGUCAAAUCACAGUAAUCACUUCAAAAGUCAAAUAGAGGUAUGAUACAAAUCAUUUCAAAUUGCCAAAGAAUUCGGUUCAAAUAAUCAAACACUAUCAAAGCUUCAAAUCACAAAUCAUACUUAAAUACUAAAUUUUGAUGUCAUAAGUUACAACCAUUACUCCCCUGAAAUCAAGAUCGACUUCCAAAUAGAAUAUAAGGUUCAAUUUAGUUUAGUCGAAUAUAAGGUUCAAUAUAAGGUGCAAUCAUCAAUCCAUUGGUCUUCACGUUGGGCGGGCCAUGCCUCUCUAGGGUAGGCAAAGGUGGGCCAUAUAGUUUACCUUGGUUUUCACGUUGGGCUAAGUCUCCACACAAAUUAUUGGGCUAAACUUGGGUUGGGCUACAAAAUGAGUUAAAUUUCUAACAAACAAGAUUGGGCUUCCAAAAUUUUGGUUUGGAAAAGACUAAAUUUCAAUUUGACCAACUUCUAAAAGUUCCAGUCAUUACAUUCUUUCUUCACUUACAAAAAUUUCGUCCUUGAAAUUUUAACAAAUUCUUAAUGAGCACCAAACACUAACACUCAUAUAUUCGAACUAUAAUCAAAUCACCAAAUAUUGGUCAUCGCAGAACUAGAUGUUGUUGGUGGAGGUGAAGGAAAAGAGGCGUAAUUAUCAAAUUCUGAGGAAAAUAAGUAAAAUUGACUCAAAGAUUUGAAUAGUAAAAUAUUAAUAUUUUAAGAAUUUAAAUCGUGAAUAGUGUAGGAUUUUAAGGUCCAUAGAGUUAAUAAUGAAAUAAGAAUGGAUCGAAUAGGUAAGUAAAAUCAUAGGAAUUUAGGAUUUAAAUCAGUAUUUUGACUAAUCUACUCCUAGUAAGAUAUAUCUAUCUAGACAAUGAAUUAAACAAGGACCAGGAUACCCUACCGGACCGGUCGGUCGAACCGGAAAAACCGGAAACCGGAGGUAAACCGGCGCAAUAGGGCUUUGUACCCUUUAAUAACCUGCUGGGCGGUAUUUGCGGUUGGACCGCAUUGGGCCGAAAUUUUGGCCGGUUUAAAAUCAACCCGGCGGUCCCUUCAUUUAACACAAACGGCGCCGUUUGAUGAAAAAAAAAACGGAAUGGAAGGGAAGCAGAGACUCACAAAACCCUACCUGCCUCUCGUCUCUCUCUCCCAGCACUCAGCAGCCGCGUCGCGCCGCUCUGGUCUCCACUCUCCCCGCGUCGCCAGCAUCCCCAGCAACCGGCGAUCAACACCACCGACGAUCAGAGAUCGUGGCUGCCACUUUCCCGCGACCCCGCCAUCACUUCCUUCUUCUUAAUCCAAGUUGCAGGUGUGGAUCUCUCUCUCUCUCUGUUCUUCUUCCCUGCACGCAGAAACAAAAUCAUUUCAACCUCAAAAUCCAUUUUAAAUCACAGAAAACUGAAAUUUGUUUGGAAAGUGGAAACAGCGGUUUGUAACAAAUUUGGGAAGCUUGUAUUCUGUUUUUUUUUUUCAAUUACUGUUCUUAUCCCUAGUCUGUGUGGACCUCGUAAUUCCCAUACCUAGUUGCAGGUGUAAUUUAUGGUUUUCUACGGCUGAAUUCUUUUUUAUGGGUUGUUAAUGUCAAGAUCAUAAGUGUAGCGCACAAAAAUCAUUCUAAUAUAAAAUCUCUAUGGAUAAAUUGUUGAAUCGAACAAAGAUGUCGAUCAGGAUAAAAUAACAAACAUGGUGAAUUUUUUUUUUUUUUUGGUAAUGCAAACAUGGUGAAUUGAUUUGGUAUUGAUUGUUAGCCUAGCUAGUAAAAGAAGGAACAAAUUUCUACCUGUGAUGGGGGCUGACUGAUUGUUGUUUUUUUUAUUAUUGUUUACUAACAUUAUGUUUAUUGUUUUUAUUGUGACAGCAAUGGCUAGCGGGGAAGAAACCCCGGCAGUUGAGCAAGGAGCAGCUUUUAGUACACCACGAGUGUCAACAGUUUCUCAGGAUUAUGAGGUUUAUUAGGUAUUGAAAUCUCGCACUUUGUUGAAUGUUACCUAAGCUUAUUUACUCUUUUACAGUUUCUCAGGCGGUAUAAUCCGGUUUUAUUCCGGUAUUUUCCCGGUAUGGUACCCUAAUUUUGUCGGUACGGUUUUUUAACAAAAAAAUAAUUUUUUUAUUCCAAAAACGGUAUUUGCCGGUAGGAAACGGUUGAACCAUGGUUGUACCACGAUUUACCAUGCCAAAAACGAUUCCGGUUUGAUGGCCGGUACGGUUUCGUAAUCCAUGGAAUUAAACCAAGUUUGAUGCAUGAUACUAUGCCAUAAUCUCUAAUGGAUAAAUCAGAGGCCCUGAUUCACUAAAUCCAAACUCGAAGUUCAAUUUAAUAGAAAAGAAUGAUUGAUCAUUGAGAAUGGUCGGAGCUCAUCGAAGUACAUUUAAUGACCAGAUCGUUUGGAGCAUACAAGUAAUCUCCAUUUAUAUAGUUUCAUUCAAUCUUAAACUAAAAAUCAAUUUAAUCUUAGAAUGAAAAUCAAUUUAUCUU